UACUUUUGUGUAUACGUUCUUUAAAUUGUAAAAACAGGAAAUUGUGCGUUGUGCCAUAUAUUCAUAAUUUGCGUAGUGUGUUGGCAGUAAAUAAAAAAAAGUGUACAAAAUUCCCUUAAACGUUUUGUUUUGUGCUGUGCAUGUGGAUAUUGAAAUAUACAAAAAUGUAUGUAUUCAUAGAGAAUAUGAGCGGUUUGUUGCUGUAUUAACGAAAUAUUAGGAUCUAUAACAGCAUGCCGUGUGCAUUGUCGAAACAGUCUUCUACGACUGUAUUCUCUUUUUUGUGCUUUGCAUGUGUAGUUGUGUAUGCAAAUUAAGUGAGAAAAGUGAAACUUCGGAUAAGUACCCGACUAAAAUAAGUAAAACUAAAACAAAUCUUAUAAUUAAAAGAAAGUUUAUUAUACUGAGAGGAGGCAAAAAUGUUGAACACAUUGCGGAAUAGCAUAAUAAAAUUGCUGGCAGUCAGCCUUCUGCUGUUGAGUUGCCAGUUAGCGAGUGCAACAGGUUCGUCCAUGGCAUCCCUUAAAUAUCAGAUAAGCUCCUCUAGUGAAAAUGACGAUGAUUACUUGUCACAAAAAGAAAACGUUUUGGAAAAGUCCUAUCAUGGACUAAUCCGGGAGAAUGAGACUUUAGUUGAAAUAACGCCACUCAUUAAAGUGGAUGAGGAGAAAAUAUGCAAUUUUCGAAUACUAAAGAAACCAUACCAUGAAAUACCAUUCCAGGUACGUAUAUUAAUAUUACAUACUGUAAACAGAAAAAACAUUAAUAAACUCGCGUUUGUUAUUGCGUUUCAGAUUGAAUUAGUAAACAAUUUGGGAAUUUUGAAGGCUCGUCGCACACUUAAUUGUGAGAAGCGUAAGAGUUAUCAUUUUGAAAUUAUGGCAGUUUUUUGCGAUGGCACCCACUCGGCCACGGCGAAUGUACACAUAACCGUUAUUGAUAUUAACGAAUACGCGCCAACAUUUCUACAGCCUUCGUAUGUAACUGAAGUGGAUGAAGGGCGCUUAUAUAAGGAAAUUAUACGUGUCGAAGCGACCGAUAAGGAUUGCACACCUUUAUUUGGCGACGUUUGUAAAUAUGAAAUACUGAACAAUGACCAACCGUUUGUUAUCGAUAACGAGGGAUCAAUCAAAAAUACGGAUCCAUUAUCACACAAAGCCUCGCAUAACCACAUUUUGUCGGUGGUGGCAUACGAUUGUGCAAUGAAAGAAUCGUCGCCAAUUAUGGUGAGCAUUAAGGUGCGUCGCGUUUGUGAAGCAAGAUUCCUAGGAAUACCCGAACGUAUCGACUAUACGGCAACAACAACAGAAAGUCUUUCGCUUUUCCCAAAUGCACGCCUGGAACUUUGUGACAUGUAUUGCAGUAAUCAGAACUUAAACAUUCACACUUCGGUGGCUUUGAAGACAAAACAUAUUUCUUUCGGUUGCGAUCGUGAUAUCAGCAAUUGCUCGACUGGUCUUUCCUUAAUCGAUCUAUUACCACGUAAUGCUGAAUGGACAAAAGAUCUCAGUUAUGAUGAAGGCUUUGAACCGAUUUUCCAUUUCGAUGGCUCUACUGGUGUGAUCGUACCGGACACACUGCUUACACACCAUGACUUUUCGACACGUUCCUUCAGCAUAAUAACAAUUUUCAGACACUCCAGCUUGGCCACAGCCAACAAACACAUUAAAGAGCACAUCAUUUGCAGCGCCGAUGAUCACAAAAUGAAUCGUCAUCACAUGGCAUUAUUUGUACGCAACUGUCGUCUAAUAUUACUGUUACGAAAGAACUUCAACGAAGGUGACUUGAACAUUUUCAGUCCUGCUGAGUGGCGUUGGAAAAUACCACAGGUGUGCGAUAACGAAUGGCAUCACUAUGUUUUAAACGUUAACCAAUUAUCUAAAGUUGAAUUAUAUAUUGAUGGUAUUCGUUUUGAGAAUUCGGUCGAAGAUCGCCACAAUAACCCAGAAGUCAUCGACGAUUGGCCGUUACAUGCCGCACAUGGUGUCAAUACUACCCUCUCUGUGGGUGCCUGCUAUCAAAGUUCUGAGAAUCGUCUGAAACAUGGUUUCAACGGCGAUAUAUCUGAAAUAAAAAUUUCGCUUAAUACGGUACUCUCAGGGGAAGAUGUCCGCUGCGGAUCCAAUUGUGCCGAGCACUUGUUACCGCCGCCUGAAAGUUUGCUAGAAGCGGGUUCGCAAGUGCAAGCCAAUGCGCAAAUGAAUGAAAUUUACAUUGAAGGCCAAAGCAAAAGCAAUGUUGAACUGUUAUUGCAAAAAAUUCAAUAUCUUAACACCAAGGAUUAUCCAACAAUUGGCCGCCGCAAUAUUGAGGUCCGCACAACCAUGAUGUGUAUUAAUCAAAGCGCCACACGUUUACCCACCAUUGAGACGUACAUCAUGGUUAAUGAACCCAGCCAAUUGGUCAUGCCAGGAGGUAUUGCAGACAACAGUGCGAUGAAUGUCGGUGAAUUCAAAGACAAGUUAAAGACAGCCACAGAUACGCCAUACUCAAAAACUUCUCCUAUAACCAGUAAACCAGGCAUCGAACAGGGGCAGCACAAGCAAGCGAACAUGAAUAGUGAGGAAAAAGCAAAGAUUAUCAUAAAUGGUAACACAAACAACUUGGUUUCAUAUCCGGAAAUUAAACGCGGUGUUCACAUACUUGAUAAUAUCAACAUAACUGUGGUGAACGCAAACAAUAAAAUCGUGCCGAAUAUGCAAAACUUGGACUCAUGCAGUGUUAUCGUGUUUCCUUCAUUGAAUCCGGAUCAUGAGGAAAUACAAGUGGACGGUGAUGAAUCGCUAUCCUCAACACUGGACAUAAAGACCAAUAUCAAUAAAGACGGCGUGGAAAUGAUUGGCAACGAUGCUAUUGAAAAUUAUUUGGACGUCUUGAAGGCGCUGCUUUAUAGUAAUAAAAAGCCGGCUUACUAUUUAAAUCGUGUGUUCAAAUUGGCUUGUACACAGUUAAAUUCUGAAUUCAAGAGUCAAGAAUUUACAUUGACUUUAACGGUAUUGCAUCCCAAACUUGCACCGAAGACUACAACGGCACCAGCGUCGAUCUUUGGUGGCGGCGAAAACCCGCUGUAUGGCAUCAGUGGUGUAAAUGGCGGUGCUGUAGGCUCAACGUCAUCGGAUAACAGACUCUUUGCACAUGCUAUGAUACAUUCGCACGAUGUACAAGAACCUAAAGUACAUGUCCAUUCCAUCAUACACAAAGCCGAGAGUGCACAUCCCACAAUGCUAAUCAUUUUGGUUUGUGUAUUUUUGGUGAUCCUCCUAUGCGGAGUAUCGAUAGCACGAUUAAAAAACAACAGCCUCAAGUACACAGAAAGACAGCCGUGUCCAAAGAUUGCCGAUGAGAGCUUGGUCUGGGACGAUUCCGCGUUAACGAUUACAAUAAAUCCUAUGCAAACUGAUGCCAUAUCGGAAGAUAGUUCUGACUCGGAGAACUCAGAAUCUGAAGAUGAAGAAGUGGUAAAAGGUCGGUUUGCAAAUGUCAGCCAGUUGGAGUGGGAUAAUUCGAACAUGUUUACCUCGGCUGUUAACUAAAACUAAAAUUAAAUUUUGUGUGGCUUACGCAUGCCAAGGCAGGUUGGGCAUAUAAAUAUAUAUAGUUAUUAAAGCGAAAAAGCCAAUUGAAUGAAAGAAUUGCAAAACAAUCGGCCCUAUUCCCGUUGUCGGUGUCGUUUUGAUAGUCGUUUCUAAGUCGUCGUUUCGUUCCUAAAUUGGUAUUCUUGAAGUAUAUCGUAACGCCUAAGAUAAGUUAUCGAAAUUUGUCUACAUAUUUUAUAUAGUAUACUUUAAGGCGCUCUUUUCCCAUAUAAAAAUUUCUUUCUUAUGUAACAAGAAAAAUUUUUAAAGCAGUCCUUAAUGGAUUUUAUGCUAUUCUCUAUUUACUCUAAACAACGUUAUCACUGUAAUUAUUGUACUUACGUACAACAAUGUUAGUCUUCCAUCUUUAUUUGAUUUUUUAAAAGAAGUAGUGGUGACAUCUGCGUCCUCCUAACUUUCUUCUAAAAUAUGUUAUACUUCCAGCGUCUCAUGCUCCUUGCUUCUGGCUAAUCCGACUACUUUACCUAGUGGUCCAGCCAAAGGAGACAUGGGUAGGUGUUUAUUAACUCCUCGUCUUGUUGGAGUACUAUUUUUUUCUUCGUUUUGAAUUUUUAGACCUUUCAUAUCUUAAAUAUACUCUUAGAUAUAAAAAUGCAAUUUUAUUAAUGCCAACUAUUUCCGACGCGAGAAAGCGGUGGAAUGGAUUUAGUUUUUUUUUUUUUUUUUUUUUUGAGAAAAAAAAUAUCCCACCCAAGAAAUCGAAAUUUAAAGGAUUUAACCCUUUUCUAAAGUCCUUGGCAUAUGCAGGAUAUUUUUCCAUUUCAGAAAUUAAAAUUUCAAACUGUUUCCGAUUUGGAAUUUUCAUCUUUACUUCAAAUAUUCCUUCAAACAACCGCGUCGUUUCUAUGACGCUCACAAUUAAAGCAACGACAAAAAAACGACUGUUUCUAUGUCGUUUCUAUAGUCGUUGCAAAUUGGGGAAUCUCAAUUUAUUUUCGUUAACGCCAACAGGAAUGCCAAAUAGGCGUUCUUAAGUCGUUUUAAAACGAUAACGACAACGGGAAUAGGGGCGAAUAUCACAGUGGCACUUUUAAAGACUACACAGUUGGUAAAAUGCUAUGUUGUUCGAUGAAAUCAUUGUGUAGCGCAUAUGUUUGUUGUAAUCAUUGCAGACACACAUAUACAUUAAAAUAAUUGUAUUACAUAUAUAAUAAUAAUAAUUAUUUAACAUGUAAAAGAUGCACAGGAAAUAAAGUAAGAGUGUUAGAGAAAGUACAUAUAACGGUCAAUAAUUGAUACUUAUUUAAAUUGUAUUCAUAUGUGGUAAAUAAACAAGUCUAUAUACAUACGUAAGAUUGUGUGCAUGUAUGUACGUACAAGUGUAUAAGUAGUCUAAUAAAAAUGAAUAAACAAACAAAGACAAAUAUUGCUUCAAGAUGAUUAUGUAACAAA